GACUUUAUAUUGGAUUAUUUCAUAUGAAAAGUCGUUUUAAUCAAGCUUAAGCUACAUGGUUAAAUUUUCCUUCUCCAAAUUCAUGCGUUGAACAUCACAGCCGUCAGAGGCAGGUGACGGGGAGAAAGUGGUGACGGUUGCUUUUGCUUUUGCUCUCUGGGGUCGUGGAAGACCAAGAGAGCCUCGUGCACGUUGACUGUUUGUGCAGACCAAAGUGUUUGUUCUUCUGCUUUCUGUUUUCUGGGAUAGCUUCUCAACGCUGAAAGAAGCUGAAUUCUGCUGGAAAUUGGACAACUUUGUGGGGAUUUCAAGGUGUUUCAGAGAGGUGAAUGUUUUGAAGGUAAUAUUUUGUGUGGUUUAGGAAUUGGGUUGUGGUUAUUUUCAAAAUUUAGUCUUUCUGUCUGGCUAAAGACUGAGGAGGAAGCUUGUGAGCAUACUUCUGAUUCUCCUUCACUGGAUAUGAGAUAAUUUCUCUCAAAUGGGUAACGGUGCUGCUGAAGUGGUGGAGGCAGCGAGAAAACAUCAUUCCUUUAAGGUUCAUCGUUUAAUGUGCACGGAACUUCUGAGGUUGGUAGAUAAAAUCUCCAGGAUAUUUCCAGAGAUAGAAGCAGCUCGACCUCGCUGCUCAACAGGAAUACAGGCUCUAUGCUUGUUAAAUAGUGGAAUUGAGAAAGCCAAGCUGCUUCUUCAGCAUUGCAGCGAGUCUAGUAAACUCUACCUGGCAUUUACUGGGGAUGUGAUAGUUUUAAGAUGUCAAAAGUCAAGAAACUUGUUGGAGCAAAGUUUACGGCAAAUUCAGAACUGGGUUCCAAUGAUGUUGGUGAUUCAGAUCUCUCAAAUAGCUGAUGAUCUUAAAGGUGCAUCAUUUAUACUGGACCCAUCUGAAGAAGAAGCAGGGAGGGUUGUUCGAGAAUUGCUUCAUAGUGAUUCUUCUCGAUCAAACCAAAGGGAGGAUUCUGAAAUCAAGGCUCUUCAAAUUGCAUCCUUUAGGCUCCAUAUUACAUCAUCGAAGGCAAUCUUAAUGGAGAAAAGAUCUAUUAAGAAGCUGCUAGAUAAAGUUGGUGACAAUGAAACUCGAAAAAAACAGAUUUUGACUUAUUUCAUGUAUCUAUUGAAUAAGCAUGGAAAGUUGAUAACGGGAAAGCAAACAGAGAGUGCCUCAGAGCAGCAACAAGUAUCAUUUGUUCCUGAGAAUUCUGGAAAUGGUUUUGAAUCUAAUCAACACGCUGAAAUUGAAUCUCCCGUUGGUUAUGGCAAGUCCAAGGCACAAAGUAACUUGUUUCGUGGAGCUGUACCUCCUGAAGCAUUUAUGUGCAGAAUAUCUUCCAGAAUGAUGUACGAUCCUGUUGUCAUUGCUUCUGGACUAACAUAUGAAAGGAUGUGGAUACAGAAGUGGUUUGAUGAGGGUCACGAUACAUGCCCAAAAACUAAUAUGAAACUAAACAACCUGUCAUUGACUCCGAACAUUACCAUGAAGGAGUUAAUAUCAAGUUGGUGUACACAGAACGGAGUUGCCCUUCCUGACCCAAGUGUGCAACCAGAAGCCCUCUCAUGGGAAACCUCGUCCACUUCCAUUGCUAGUUUAGGCAGCUCUAUGAAUGAUCUUCACCUACAGAUGGACUUCAGCAAUAUAUCGUUUGGGUCCUUAGAUACCAGUUACAAUUCAGACUCAUCGCGCAAUAAGAUUGAAAAUGGCUUGAGUUUGGCGCAGAACGACAAUGAUUCUCUGAACUACCAGAAUGCUAAAAAACGCGAGACAGGUGUACAAUUUCUAUCUGAACUUGGUGAACUCCAAUGGGAAUCCCAGUGCAAGGAUGUCGAAGAUGUCAAAAACCAUUUGAAAUGCAAUCCUCAAGCUUCCUAUGCUAUUUCAUCUGAGAAUUUUGGUGAACCUCUCAUCAAAUUUUUGAGGGAGGCACAUGACCUGGACGAUGUAAAAGCUCAGAGGGAUGGAUUGGAAUUAUUAAUGACCCUUGUGAGCAAAAGCAGAAAUGGGAUACCGUAUCUACGCGAAGAGGCAUAUAAUCUGCUGGCAUAUUAUCUUGAUUCAAAGGUAACCGAAGAAGUUCUUGCCAUACUGGAAGUUGUGUCUGGCCACCAGUAUUGCGGGUCUAAGAUCUCAGAAUCUGGUGCACUUACAUCCAUUCUAAAACUCCUUGACUCCCAGAACAAAGAUUUACAAGGACAAGCCGUUAAGAUUUUGCGUAACUUGUCCUUAUCUAAGGACAUUUGCUCAAAAAUUGUAUCUUUGGAGUGCAUACCAAAAUUGGUUUCUUUCUUGAAAGAUGACGUUCUUUCGGGAGUCUGCAUUUCUAUAUUUAAAAAUUUGUCCGAUACAGAAGAGGCCAGGAUUUCGAUUGCUGAAACACAUGGAUGCAUUGCUUCUAUUGCUGAACUCCUCGAGACAGGCAGCAGUGAGGACCAAGAGCAUGCCGUUGAUAUCCUCGUUUCUUUAUGCUCUCAGCGCGAUGAAUAUUGUCAGUUGGUCAUGCACGAGGGUGUUAUCCCAUCGCUUGUCAAUUUAUCUAACAAAGGGACAGAGAGAGCAAAGACAAGUGCGUUGGAAGUGCGACGGCUCUUAAGAGACUUCAAAUAUGCCGAUGAGCAGGAAUGCUCUGGAUCUGCUGACCUUGAUGCAUCCAGAGACGAUGGAAAUUGCUCUACUGAAAAGAAAUCAUCAAAGACUUCAGGAUUCUUUGGAAAGAAAAUGUCCAUGUUCUCAAAAACCAGUUCCCAUGCACCGAAAAAGAAGAAUUGAAGCCUCUCUGGCGGUUUGCUUCUUAUGCCAUAGCGUCUCCAAAUCUCUUCCGCCGGGUAAGACUAAUUGCUUCUAGGCUGGAGCGCUUUGUGGUUCUUAAAAAGUGAGGAAAAGUUGUUGGAUACAAUCUGUGAUUUAAUUAUAUAUAUGCUAAUAAACAAUAAAUGUGAGUAUAAAAUUUAUUGAACAGAGUAUGAACAACGAAAUAAAUGUAAAUAGAAAAAUUGAAGAUCGAGGCUUGCGUACCGCAAUGUCCUUGAAACA